GCCUUGGGCAUGUAAGAUGGUGGGUGAUUUAGGGCGACAGGUGGUGGGUGGCGUUUGGGUUGUUUCGUCCUCAGGUCUACUUCGGUGAGGCUGCUCUGAAGCCCAGGAAGGUUAGUUACCCCACUUUUCCCCGCCCCACCCCGUUCAACGCUCCUUUUCCUUCCUCCCUUUUCUUCUCCCCAAUUCCUCUCGCCUUCCUCAAUUUCUCCAUCUCCAUCUCCACCGACCUCCACCAAAUCUCAAGAAAACCAGUGUUUGUUAUCAACAAACCCCACACAACCGCCAACAUGAGCAACGUUUUCUUCGAUAUCCGCUACUCCGACCCCCAGGGCAAAGCCGAGGACUGGGGCCGCAUUGUCUUCCAGCUCUACGACGACGUUGUCCCCAAGACCGCCAAGAACUUCCGUGAGCUCUGCAAGAUUGAGUCGGUCGGCCAGGGUUACACCGGCUCCAAGUUCCACCGUAUCAUCUCCAACUUCAUGGCUCAGGGUGGUGACUUCACCCGUGGAAACGGUACCGGUGGCCGGUCCAUCUACGGUGAGAAGUUCGAGGACGAGAACUUCAUCAAGCGUCACGACAAGCCCUACCUUCUGUCGAUGGCCAACGCUGGCAAGAACACCAACGGCUCGCAGUUCUUCAUCACCUUCGUGAAGACCCCCCAUCUCGAUGGAAAGCACGUCGUCUUCGGAGAGGUCGUUGAGGGAUCGGAUAUCCUUAACAGAAUGGAGUCCAAGUCCAUCGACCAGUCCGGCCGCACCUCGGGCACCAUCUCCAUUGCCAGCUGUGGAGAAUGUUAAAUCACUUCCCCUCGUUCUCUUGAUCUUUCUCUCGAGUAGUUAGUAUCUAUUGCUCGCUCGCUGGAAUAAAAUACUGGGUUGGGAUCUGACUAAGAA